AGGAGGAGGAGGGGCAGAGAGAAAGUGAGUGCAGGAACAGGACAAGUCAGAGUGGUCUGAGGAGAGAAAGAAAAGGAGGGAACAGAAGAAAGUGUGGAGGCCAUGUUCUCGGCCAGAACAUGAGGUGGUUCUAGGUAAGGCCCAGAGCAGCAGCUCCGUUACAACUGAGCGUGAGGAAUAGUAGAGGCAUGGAGAGCUCAGAGACCAUGACGCAGGAACCCAGAUCGAAGUCAGCUUUGUGGGGGGGCACACCGCAAUACGACUAUGUCUGCUUUGAGAAAUGCACUCGUUACGGGAUACCUUUGGAGGCAGGACGCGAGGCCGGGGGGACAGGGGACGACCUGCACUACCUGGAGAACUCCCUCAGCUACCCACAGCUUUAUGGCCAAUACACAGACAAGAUAACUGACUUUGCAGAGAAGGAAGCAGCAAAACUACUGAAUAAGAAGCAAGCCCAAAAGAACAAUGAAAGACCCCUGAAACGUGAGAGUCAAGUAGAGAUCAAAGAAGAGCACUAUUCCAAAUGUCAAGACUGUGCUAGACGCAUCCAGAAAUAUGUUGCCAAGAAGCUUGGAGAGGACUGGAUUUUCUUGGUUCUGUUGGGUCUGGUCAUGGCGUUGGUGAGCUGGGGAAUGGAUUAUGCCAGUGCGAAGAGCCUACAGGCCUACAAGUGGAUGUACAGAGAGCUGCACCCGAAUGUUCCUAUGCAGUAUCUGGCGUGGGUCACAUACCCACUUGUUCUUAUUCUGUUUGCGGCCAUUUUCUGCCACCUCGUCUCUCCACAGGCUGUUGGGUCUGGGAUCCCAGAGCUCAAAACCAUUAUGAGGGGAGUGGUCCUCAAGGAAUAUCUCACUCUCAAAGCUUUUGUGGCCAAAGUUGUGGGCCUCACAGCUGGGCUUGGAAGUGGCAUGCCUGUGGGGAAAGAGGGUCCUUUUGUGCAUAUUGCCAGUAUCUGUGCUGCGGUACUCAGCAAGUUCAUGUCAAUAUUCUGUGGUGUGUAUGAGCAGCCAUAUUAUUACACGGAUGUCCUGACCGUGGGUUGCGCCGUGGGGGUCGGCUGCUGCUUUGGGACACCACUUGGAGGGGUCCUUUUCAGCAUUGAGGUCACUUCUACAUACUUUGCUGUGCGCAAUUAUUGGAGAGGUUUCUUUGCAGCUACCUUUAGUGCCUUCAUUUUCCGAGUCCUUGCUGUUUGGAACAAGGAUGCAGUCACCAUCACAGCCCUGUUCAGAACAAACUUUCGCAUGGAUUUCCCCUUUGAUCUGCAAGAGCUGCCAGCGUUUGCUGUAAUAGGGAUAUGUUCUGGAUUCCUUGGAGCAUUUUUCGUUUAUCUCAAUCGCCAAGUGGUCCUAUGCAUCAGGCGUCAUAGAGGUCUGAGCCAGUUUCUCACCAAAUACCGCCUCAUAUACCCUGGGGUUAUAACCUUCCUUAUAGCAACUGUGACCUUUCCUCCAGGAUUUGGGCAGUUCAUGGCAGGAGAGUUGAUGCCACGGGAAGCCAUCAGCUCUCUCUUUGAUAACUAUACCUGGGCAAAAUACACAGGGGACCCUCAGAUCCUAGGGAAAUCUGCUGCCUGGAUCCAUCCGAAAGUCAGUGUCUUCAUCAUCAUCCUGCUUUUCUUCCUCAUGAAGUUUUGGAUGUCUGUCAUUGCUACCACGAUGCCAAUCCCCUGUGGAGGCUUCAUGCCUGUUUUUGUUCUAGGUGCUGCAUUUGGGCGUCUUAUUGGGGAAAUCAUGGCAUCACUUUUUCCCAAUGGGAUCCUCUUUGAUGGUAUUGUUUAUCAAAUCUUACCUGGAGGGUAUGCUGUCAUUGUCAUCUUCUCUCCCUAUUCCUUUUCCACCCUACCUGGGAAAGGUGCAGCAGCUCUGACAGGAGCAGUGAGCCACACUGUCUCCACUGCUGUGAUCUGCUUCGAGCUGACAGGUCAGAUCUCUCACAUCCUCCCCAUGAUGGUGGCUGUCAUUCUUGCCAACAUGGUGGCCCAAAGUCUGCAGCCCAGCCUCUAUGAUAGCAUCAUCCAGGUGAAGAAGUUGCCCUACCUGCCAGACCUGGGCUGGAAUCACAUAAGUAAAUAUAAUAUCUUUGUUGAGGAUAUUAUGGUCCAAGAUGUGAAAUUCGUCUCCUCCAACUGUAAAUACCGAGACUUGCAAACUCUGCUCCAAAGCACCACUGUUAAGACUUUGCCUCUGGUGGACUCACCAGAGACCAUGAUCCUUCUGGGAUCUGUAGAGCGAUCUGAACUGCAGGCUCUCCUCCAGAGACAUAUAAGCCCAGAACGGCGACGGCUCCUCAACAGAGAAAUGCAGCAGAAGCUGUCUGAGGCACCCUACGAUGGGCACAGCAAGGGACCAUGGGCAACGCUGCCAAAGCUGAAGCAUGAAUCUUUUGCUUAUGUUGAUGAGGAUGAGGAUACAGAUGAGAAGGGAGAGCUGCCUCGGCCCCCAAGUCCCACUCCCAGUUACCCAGAGGAGCCCAAUGGCCCGACAAGUCCUCUUAAACAAAUGCCUGAAACUUCGGAGCCACAGCAACUCCCAGGUGCUGAUUUCCCAGAGACUGAAAGAAGGAGCUUUCUCUGCUGUGCCUGUAUUAAAGGCAAUUUCAGGCGCCUGAGGCAACUGAUCCAGCAGCUCUUGUGCCAUUACAACCGUCCACUUGAAACAGAGAGUGCCGUCCAGGAGCCAGUGGAAGUCGUUGACACAAUGAGGCCAGAAGAGAUAGAUGCUUGGGAACAGGAGGAGCUGAACAAGAAUGUGUGCUUUGACAGCUGCCGCAUAGACCCUUCCCCUUUUCAACUGGUGGAGAGAACUUCCCUGCACAAGACACAUACAUUGUUCUCACUACUGGGCCUCAGCCAUGCCUAUGUAACCAGUAUGGGGAAGCUGAGGGGAGUGUUGGCUUUGGAAGAGCUUCAGAAGGCAAUAGAGGGCUCCACACGCUCUGGGGUUCGCCUCCGCCCACCCCUUGCCAGUUUCCGCGAUACCAACCGGAAUUCCAUCAGCAGUGAGAAGGUCAGCCAGGCCACUCAGGUGUGGAGCCGGCAGGACAACUGCAUGGUGGCAGCACAGCAAGCAGCGGACUUGGGCACAGAGAGCCCACUGCCUCCCUGCUCGCACUCCCCCCAGCCCUCACACUUGCAUGAAGAAGGGGAAGUCCUGUGCUCCACUUAUGCCACUGAUACUGAGUUGGAAGAGAUGGAGCUGACAGGGCCAGUUGCUGAAAACAUCUCAGACAUCCUCAAGGACAUAAGCCUACGCUCCACUGACCUGGAUGAGGAUGAAGAUGAGGAUGAGGAUGUCCCCUUAUAGCUGGUGUGAGAGGAGUAGUCCAUCACACUUCAGUUGAGCCAGUCUUCUUGUGUUUGCUCCUCAAAGAGAAGCUUUUGGAUGUUCUCUGCAAUCCCCACAGAGGACUGAUUCAGCUGGGAGAAGGGGCUUCGGACUGACCCUUUCUUCUCUGCUUUCUUUCUGUGCAAAGGCUGUUAGGCUGUUGGACUAUACAGGUGUGUGCAGGAGUCAGAUGCAGACUGCGAGGUGGCUAAGGGCAGGCUCAUAAUGCUUAGGCUUCUGCCAUAUCUACGUAACAUGGCAGAAGGGAUUGUAACAGGACAUGGAUACUGCUGGACACAGUCAGGAUGCUCUGGGUCAAUCUGCCACGUGGAAAGUGGAGAAGGAGCAGCUCUUCUCAUUCUCCAUUGGUGUCAUCCUUCUAGUCACACCUGGCCUGCAUGCACCAGUGUAAACACAGCCAGACCUCCAGCCUAGAAGCAUAUUGCUGCUUCUGGCUACAAUCCCGUCCAUGUUGCUGCAACUCCUUUUCGUUAGCUCUUAUCUUGCAUCCCCCCCAAACAUUCCCAUGUAGAACAUUUUUUCUCUUUGUCUAUUUUUACUCUGGGAUUUUCCUGGAUGGGGGUGCAGUUAGGAGCUUCUCCUCUAUUCUUUAGCUGAGCCAUGCCCUAAAAACAGGUGGGAGGAAAAUAUUUGGUCUAUGUCUCACAUCUUGAAUUCAGCCAGGGCUCUAAGAAAAGCACUGGAAGGGAGGGAAGCCUCUUUGUUUUCCCAUCAUCUCUGGAAUUUUUAAAUAGAAUGGGAAAAUCUUAAGUGGGGGCAUCCUCAGUGUUGGAGAGAGAGGAGUAAAACAGCAUGUAUGCACCUAUAUUUCAAGUGCUUGUGUUUGUCCCUGAAUGACUGUUCACAAUUUUUACAAAAUUAUAGUCUUAAAAAAUAACAACUCAAAAAAAAAUUAUGGAGUGUUAGCAGGCUGCCAAGAAAUACAGCAGAGGGAAGCCACAUCACAUUUUCUACACUUUGUAAACAGGCUUCUCUCUGAAAACUCCUGCUCUCUCUCCUGAUAAUUCUACCCUGCCUACUUUCCACAUAUUUCUGCAUACCUCAGAUCUGAGAAUUCCAGUUCUCACUUUUGCCAGCUUGUCUCUGUUGUGACUAACAGCAGAGACCUCAACCCUUGUCUGCAGCAUCCCUCUCUAUUCCAGUUCUAAAUCUGGAGCAGAUCUUGAUCUGUAUCUUGCAAAAAGAUGUCUUGUCAGUUCAUGUCAUGCAUGCAAAACCUUAGCAUCCAAAGAUAAGAUGCUGCUUUGUUUAACUCACUGUCCUUGUGAGGUUUUCUCAGUAAAUAGGCAAAAUCAAAUUCUGUGUAUUCUGCAGCUUUCCUCUAACAUUCUACAUCUUUUUCUACCAUAUUUUUGAUCCAAGCCGCGUAUUGGAUGUGUUUCCACUUAUCAGCAACAGAGAAGAAAUCCAGGCUCUGAGAAUAUGUUCUUGGGGGUAUUCUCCUACAUGUUAGGCCACAUCCACCUUCUUCAUAUUAGUAAAGCAUUAUCUAACUUAGAGUGACCAGUUUCACCUUAACAGGUGAAAGUUAAUAAAAAUCCAUAAGCUG